AUGGCAACGAGUCACACCGCAUAUGAUCGGGUGCCCUCCCGACGAGACCCUGACUCAGACUCGGAAAAAGAGGACUCGGAUGAUGAGACGAUCCAACAGCAGCUCGAUGAGACACUCCGUGACCCUGGCACGGGCGUCAUUCCAAUAUCGGCGCCGGACCCGAGCCCCGCUCCGAUAGUCGUCACCCCGCCAGAUGGGCCCUCCAAGCCCGUCGCCUGGCGGGAUCUUCCCCGCAAGAACCAGCUCCUCGUCAUCACCUUGGCCCGCCUCAGCGAGCCCCUCGUCCACACGUCCCUGACGGCGUACAUGUUUUACCAGCUCAAAUGGUUUGACCCUUCGCUCUCCGAUGCCGUCAUCGCCUCGCAGGCUGGUAUCCUCCACGCCUCCUUCACCGCCGCGCAGUUCACGACGGCCCUGCUGUGGGGGCGCCUUGCCGAUUCGCCCGUCUUUGGUCGUAAGAUGGUCAUCCUCUGCGGACUCGGAGGCACCUGUGUGUCGGCUAUUGGCUUUGGCUUCUCCACGACCUUCCCCCAGGCCCUGUGCUUCCGUCUGCUGGGUGGUGUGACCAACGGCAACGUCGGCGUCAUGAGGACCAUGAUCAGCGAGAUCAUACGCGACAAGAAGUACCAGUCGAGAGCCUUCUUGAUCCUACCCAUGACCUUCAACGUCGGCGUCAUCAUCGGUCCCAUCCUAGGCGGCCUGUUGAGUGACCCGGCCGGCAGCUAUCCCAGCCUCUUUGGCCAGGUCGAGUUCUUCAAAAAGUACCCGUAUGCCGCGCCGAAUCUCGUCAGCGCCGUUUUCCUCUUCACGGCCAUGUCAUCCAUCUGGCUCUUCCUCGAAGAGACUCUCGACGCCCUUCACGACCACGGCCCAGACUUGGGCAUCCGGUUCAGACUAGCCCUGACAGCCUGGUGCCGGCGGCUGCUCGCUCGCAUGCGCCGCGCCCGCAGCACCGCCGGCUACCGGCCCCUGCACACGCACUCGCGGCACCACAGCACGCUGUCCGACCUAGACACAGACACGGACGUGGAGCUCGAGCCCGACAGCCCCCUGGGCUCGCACGACGACGACAGCCACGGUGCUUCAUCGCCGCCGCCGCCGCCGCCGCCGCCGCCUGCUCCUCCCCGUCAGCGCCCGCGCCCGCGCUACACAGCGCGCCUGCCCUUCCGCCGCCUCUUCACGCGCAACGUCCUCUUCACCUUCACGUCGCACUUUAUCCUCGCGCUGCACGUCGGCACCUUCAACUCGCUCUGGUUCGUCUUCCUCUCGACGCCCGUCUCGACCGGCCCCGCCGCCCCGCCCUGGCGCUUCACCGGCGGCCUCGGCCUGCCGCCCUCGUCCAUCGGCUUCGCCAUGGCCACCCUCGGCGUCAUCGGCCUCGCCCUGCAGCUGCUCCUCUACCCGCGCCUGUCCGCCCGCCUCGGCACCCUGCGUUCCUUCCGCGCCUCGCUGCCCUUCUUUCCGCUCGCCUACACCCUCGCCCCCUACCUCGCCCUCGUGCCCGUCCUCGUCAGGCCGCGCGCCAGACACGGCGCCGGCCCCGCCCCCAAAACCGGCCCCGUCAUCUGGCUCGCCCUCGCCGCCGUCCUCGCCCUGCAGGUCACGGGCCGCACCUUUGCGCUGCCGGGCCAGACCAUCCUCGUCAACAACUGCGCGCCGCACCCCAGCGUGCUCGGCACCGUGCACGGCCUCGCGCAGAGCGUCUCGAGCGCCGCCCGCACCAUCGGGCCCGUCCUCGGCGGCUGGGCCUACGGCGUCGGGCUCGAGGCCGGCGUCGUCGGCGCCGUGUGGUGGGGCCUCGCCGCCUUUGCCGUGCUCGGCUUCUUCGCGAGCUGGUUCCUGCGCGAGGGCGACGGCCACGAGAUUUGGCUCGAGGGGGACGAGGAGGACUAA